AUGGGGCCACGACUUCUUGUUCGUAGUGGAGAACGACUCGAAUUUGCCGUAAGCCGCGGUCUCCGACGGUGUAGGUGGGCGCGUCAAGGCGAUGUCGAUGUGGAGAAAAAACCCGCAACAACGACCAUCCCCGCUUCCAACGGCCUCAUUGUCGCUGCCCCGCCGCCAACAAGCACCGACAUCCUCCGACCUGUCCCAAUCCCUGCGUUGACCGCAGCGGCCAGCUCAGCCAACACCACAUCUCGCGCAUUCCCCACCGAUGGGGCGACGUCCGACGUCUCACCAACUGCUCUCAUCAUCACCAGCACCCCCACCUCCAUCAAUGUGGACUUGGUCCCAAUCCGCUCUUAUUGCGAUACCACAUUUACCUCCCACACCGACCCGGUGGGUCACUUGCGAAUCUAUCGCACAGAGACUGGCGUACCAGUACCUGUAGCACCUACAUACACUCGACGCAUCCGCCUCAACUGUCCUCACUGCCCCCGCACAUUAAGCUACCGCAUGGGUCUAUUAGGCCACAUGCGUAUUCACAAAAACCUGCGGUAAAUAACCGUCGACUAUACCACACCAACACACCUCUAGCCACCAGCAUCUUCAUCACACAUCGACGCACAACGCAAGCGCUAGGUUAAUACCUCUCAAGUAAGCGGGGAGUGCGCUUCUCGGCUCCUUCAGUACAUUACUCUUCUGCUGCGUGUGUGAUACGAACCUGAGACUACCAGGCCGCGCCAAGCGUCGUCGCUUGGAAGGUUGCUGAACGACACCUCAACUCAGUCCUCGCAAUCUGCCCAAAUGUAUUUGUUUUUGUGGAGUGUCGGACUGAUUGGCUGAGAGUCAGGCUGCAACGGCUCCUUAACGUGACCUCUGGUACUCUCACGCAUGCAAGGAGUGUGUGUUGUAUGUGUAGUACCUCUCAGUCGAUGACGGACUGGUUGUCCAGUCUAAAUACAGGGCUGCGUCUCACUCUUCUGGGCUUUGAGAAUUGUGCUCGUCUGCUAUGCCGUGAUUCAGCAAACCACGGCCCUCGUUUUCUGGUGUGCUUUGGCAACUCUCUGGCAUCUGGUUCCCUGUAUCAUCCCUCUUUUUCUGACCGAUUUUUUGUUGGUUAAAAUCCCAGUCAAGUGUUUGUUGCGGAGCAGGGGGUGUGGUGGUAAGCCUAGGUGCGUGUCCCGCCAUGCCAGCCACCUGCGUCCUCUGCGCCUUCGGCCCAUUUGACUGUCUUGACGUCGGACCCAGGCGGGGAGGGGGAGGAGGGAGUUCGGUAUAUGAUGCGCAACUCCGCUGCCAGUAUAAAACAACUCACGAGCAAGUCACCGUGCCUGCUAUGGAGCACGCGGUGGACACCCUCGACAACAACGACUGAACUGUCAGUUCGGGAUAACACUGCUUAUCCCAUAGCGGGGAGUGUCUUAUAGUGCGUCCUAAACAAAUUCUGGGAAAUCACGCCAUCUUCAUUUAUACCGAGGUUUGCGGAUGCAAAACUCGCCAUCGAAACACUACAACGAAUUAGGCCCCCUCCCCAUCCUCUCCGCCCUUACCACAGGCUGCUCGGUUGCGUUUGUAGCUUCUGAGCAGUGAGAGCAUACUCAGAGCGGCACAGCAGCCAGGCCAAAUUUCGCGUUGCAGGAGAAGGCAGAAUUUGCCGGAAUGAGGGGCUUAUUGUAUACGGUCGAGCGGCUGCAGGUCAACCCGUCCGGAACCGCUCGCUGCAAAGUUGGAGGACUUUGAUGCAGAGGGGCCUUGAGCAGGGAUUACGGGCAUCGCAGUGAUGGCUGUCGUCAACAACUCCCCGCCACACACAUACAGAAUGAGGGGGUUCUGUUGGUCCUGAGGGAGGCGAUGAAAUAACUGAAUUGGUCCAGUGCGUAUGCGCGCUUGAGAAUUUGUGUUGAUGAUGAUGAUGACAGUAGUAGCUCGGGCCGUAUGCGAGGCUAAUGCUGCGACAUGUGCAGAGGCGCAGUUGAGGUAUCACUCGUAGCCCGCGCUGGCGUGGUCUCGUCAAUGUGUGCCAGUGAGUUGUGUUGGUAUUAGAGGAAAGGACGUUUCGGACAAAAUUCAUCACAGUGAUGGCUGAACCAGACGAGAGCGACGGUGAAAUAGGCUCACUGUCGUCCAGACACAAAAGUUGGGACAGGAUGCAAGGCUGAAAGUGUGGAAAUUUCCUACUUGUACAUAUAUUGCAAUAGGUAGAAUGGUAUUACCGACAAAGACAAGGGAGACUGGAAUGGCCAUUUCUUGCUUAUUAGCCGUCGUCAGCCAGCCAUACCCAAGCCCGAAGUGUGGUACACCCGAGCCUCGAACUCGCGACCUGUUGGUUUAGAAGUUCACGCCCUUUACCCACCGGGCCACGAGCCCGUUGCCCUAUGGGUUUUCGAUCGGGAAUAUACAAUGGUAGGGGGCGCUUGUAGCAGUUCGCGUCUCCUCGCUCUCCGCCUUUGUCACGCUGCCCUCCUGUCCGCCUCACACUCCUUGUCGAUGCGCUGAUGGGGUGCGCGAGUGCUCGAAGCCAAUCAACGCUGCCCCCACUCUGAUUGGCUGGCGAGAUUGAGACAACGAAGGGCGCACACACGCGCUAACACAACACCUCGAAGGCGGACACAGACAACAGCUUGCUUGGAGCGCGCUUGCGGCGACUGCCCACACAGCCUUUGUGUACACGCUUUCCAAGCAGUAAAGUUUGUCCAUCUCAAACCGUCUUCCCUGACUUUUGAUUGGGAAUCUUUAUCUUGUCGACCACACAACUUUCGACAAUUGGUGAUCCCUUGCGAACAGCAAUCCUUCUCCCUAAUCUACGAUAAAGUCAGGUGUUGAUGAUGGACACUAUUCCACCGGAAGUGCAGCAUAUUUUGGCACCCGCCUUCGGCAUUCUUUCGGCCACGCAACUUACUCAAAUGGCCGAUCGGCUUAUGGAGAUGCACGGUUUUUCCAAGCCGUCUAUUUCAGCACUCUCAACUCCCUCAGCUCGUCCUGCGUCUCCCGUUUCGCAGUUAGAGAUCGAGCUCAGCAAACUGGCCGAUGAUAUAGCCGCUCUCCAGAAGCCCACAGUUUCUGCCUCAUCUCGGAGCCAACCGCAGCCGCCCACCCCACAUGUCCAGUCUUCUCAUUCAGCCAGUCCAAACGCAGCUGCCAUCUGCUGGUGCCACACCACUUUCGGUGCUAAAGCCCGUCGCUGCGUCUCUCCUUGCUCCUUCACUUUCAAGCAGAACAAACGGGUAAAACCGGUCAGCCGGAAGGUCAGUGCAAGCAAUCUUUCCGACAGCUCUAACCCUGGUCGCACAUUUUACGUCCGCGACACCCGGAGUGGCAGACGUUUCUUGGUUGACACUGGUGCCCAGCUAAGUGUCAUUCCACCCACACCAGCUGAUCGUCGGUGCCCCAAUCCCGGUCUUUUCCUACAGGCCGUCAACACAUCGCCGAUUACCACAUUUGGCACCUGCUCCCUCUCUCUGGACAUCGGUCUCCGGCGUCUCUUCCCUUGGGUCUUCGUCGUUGCUGACAUCCCCUGUGCAAUUCUUGGUGCAGAUUUCCUCGCCGCUUUCGAUCUUCUGGUCGACUGCCGUCAGUCACGUCUACACGACAAGAUUACCAACCUCACUGUCCGGGUAUCUCUUCCUCCGACGCUUCCCGUCAUCUUGCCGUCUUGGACCCUGAACCCGAGAAUCCAUUUCGGCAACUCCUCGCCAAAUACCCCGGCCUCACUCGUCCCAACUUCAACGUUUCUAUUCCACCACAUGACGUUGUUCACCACAUUCGGACCACUGGCCCUCCCGUGUUUUCUCGCCCCCGCCGUCUCGCGCCGACACGUCUUGCUGCCGCCAAGGCCGAAUUCGAGCACAUGCUUCAAAUGGGCAUCAUCCGCCAGUCUGAAAGCCCAUGGGCCUCACCCCUCCACAUGGUUCCAAAGGCCGCCACUGGUGACUGGCGCCCCUGCGGUGAUUACAGGGCCCUGAACAACGUUACUGUCCCGGACCGCUAUCCUGUCCCACAUCUUCAGGAUUUUGCCGGUGCCCUAUUCGGCAAGUCUGUAUUCUCGAAGAUCGAUCUGGUCCGUGCUUUCCACCAAAUUCCCAUAGCCCCAGAGGACGUUUCGAAGACGGCCGUUACCACCCCCUUUGGCCUCUUUGAGUUCCUGCGCAUGCCGUUUGGACUUCGCAACGCCUCCCAGACCUUCCAAAGGUUCGUAGACAGAGUGCUUCGCGGCUUACCGUUUGUCUACGCCUAUAUCGACGACCUUCUGGUAGCCAGCUCCACCGCCGAAGAACACAUGGAGCAUCUGGCAACGGUGUUUGACCGCCUUCAACAAUUUGGCGUUGUUCUCAACCCGUCAAAGUGCGUCUUCGGUGUGCCCUCCCUAGAAUUUCUCGGUCAUCUGGUCGACUCCCACGGCAUUCGGCCUCUUCCCUCAAAGGUUGCCGCCAUUCGGGACUUUCCACCCCCACCUCGAAGCGUCAGUUGCAACGGUUUCUUGGUAUGGUGAACUUUUAUCGCCGGUUUCUCCCAAACUGUGCCGACACCAUCCUACCUCUGACCAAUCUCCUCUCAGGUUCUAAACGCACCUUUGAACUUACACCAGCAGCACUCACGUCAUUUGAGCAGGUAAAAGCCCUUCUGGCCGACGCCACCCUCCUGACUCACUUUCACGCUGAUGCACCCAUAUCUUUGAUGGUCGAUGCCUCCAAUGUUGCUGUUGGCGCGGUUCGUCAACAAAGUCUGCCGGAUUCUACCGUGCCUUUGGCUUUCUUCUCCAAGAAACUAUCCAAAGCCGAAACCCGCUACAGCACAUUCGGACGGGAACUUCUCGCCGCUUAUCUUGCCGUAAGGCACUUCCGGCAUUUACUUGAAGGUCGAGAGUUCACAAUUUUCACUGAUCAUAAGCCACUCACGUUUGCAAUACAUUCCCACUCUGACAAGCUAAGCCCCCGGGAGAUCCGUCACCUGGACUACAUUUCGCAGUUCACUUCAGACAUCCGCCAUAUUGACGGGUCACGGAAUGAGGUGGCUGACGCACUCUCAAGGCCCUCCAUUGCUCAUCUUCAGCUUUCACCCGGGAUAGACCUCGCUGAGAUGGCCGCUGAACAACGCCGUGUCGGUCCACCCUGUGAUGAGGAUGUUUCCGGACUCCAACUCCAGGAACUACCACUGACGACUGGCAACGGCACCAUUUUAUGCAACGUAUCCACCCCUUCCCAUCGUCCAUUUGUGCCACCAUCCCUCCGCCGUAAAGUUUUCUCCUCCCUGCACAAUCUCUCUCACCCUGGGAGUCGAGCAACCGACAAGCUGGUUUCCGACCGCUUCGUCUGGCCUGGUAUGCACAAGGACCUCAAGGCAUGGACACGGGCUUGCGUCGCCUGUCAACGGAGCAAGAUCCAGCGGCACAACAAAACUCCUAUUGGCACCUUCCCUACUCCGGACGCACGGUUCAGUCAUAUCCACCUGGACAUCGUAGGCCCCCUGCCUCUGUCCAAUGGCUGCUCCUAUCUCCUUACCUGCGUGGAUCGAUUCACCCGGUGGCCGGAAGCUAUUCCACUGCCUGAUGUCGCAGCUCCAACGGUCGUCAAGGCUUUCCUCAGUCGUCGGGUUGCCACUUUUGGUGCUCCCUCCAUUAUCACGACUGACCGUGGUGCCCAAUUUGAGUCUAAUCUCUUCCAGUCUUUACUCUCCUUUUUAGGCUGUACUCGCAUCCGCACUACAGCCUAUCAUCCGGCAGCCAACGGGAUGGUCGAGCGGUUUCACCGCCAGCUGAAGGCCUCCCUACGCGCCGCAGACGAUCGGGAGAACUGGACAGACCACCUCCCCCUAGUCCUCUUGGGCAUUCGCUCCUCCCUCAAGUCGGACCUUGAUUGUUCUGCCGCUGAACUCGUGUUCGGUGCCACCGUCCGACUUCCCGGUCAGAUGAUCUCGCCAACCCCGCGAGUUGCAGUUGAGGAUACCACCAACCUCCUGCAUCGCCUCCGGCAAUUCCUGCGGACACUUCCUCCGGUUCCGCCGAGGCCAUCCGUCUCCGAAUCUUACCUCGAGAAAGAUUUGGCGACAUGCUCUCACGUCUAUCUCCGAUGUGAUCGAGUCCGCCGGCCCCUGGAACCACCCUACGAUGGCCCCUUCCGAGUUAUCUCUCGUGGGACGAAGAACUUCCGCAUCCAACGCGGCACUCGCGAGGAGGUCGUGAGCGUGGAACGUCUCAAAGCUGCCGUCCCGGACACUCCUCCGGAUGAGCCCUGUGGUCCCCUACCCCCUGUUCCGCCUCCCCGACCCUCUAUCCCUCCGUCCCGUAUAUUUCCUUUGCCCCCAUGUCCGCAACCCACAACUGCAACUACUCCUUUAUCAACCAACAACACCGUAACCGCGAGCCAUACUCACUCUACUCCUGUGCCCCCUGUAUAUAUCACCCGUAGUGGACGCCAUGUUCACUUUCCUGACCGUUUCGUUACUCAUGUUUUUUAG